UUCAUAUUAUUACAUCUGUUUAGAAAAUGGCAGCCUUAAAAGCAUCAAGCCUAAUCUUGCCUUCCUUAAACACUUGUAAUUCCCAUAGAAGAGGAAAUUAUAACACUACAAAGGCAACCAUCAAUCUCCCACGAAGAGUCUCCAAAAUCACUCUUCCAAAGAUCAAAAGCAACACCAGCUUCGAACAGCUCGAGAAGCAGCUCAGCCCUAACGUCGAAGCUUUCAUCGAACGAGACGACACGGAUCCUGAUCCAUCGGUCGUUGCCAAGCUCUACACCAUUAUGGAAGCGGUCGCAGAUAGAAUCGAAAUGCACAAAAACAUUGGAGACCAGAGAAACGAAUGGAACUCUCUCCUUCUCAAUUCGAUCAACGCCCUCACUCUCGCCGCCGCCACCAUGGCCGCCAUCGCCUCCAUGAGCGACGGAGACGCAACAAACGCAGUGGCGUUGUCAUCCACAGCGAUGUACGUUGCAGCGACAGGGAUGCUCUCCAUCGUCAACAAAAUCCAACCGUCUCAGCUAGCAGAAGAGCAGCGCAACGCAACCAGAUUGUUCAAACAGCUUCACAACCAAAUCCAAACCAUUCUCUCAAUAGGAAAUCCAAAUCCAAUUCAUGUCAAGGAAUUCAUGGACAAAGUGCUGGCGCUCGACAGGGCCUUUCCGCUCCCUCUCCUCGGCGCCAUGCUCGAUAAAUUCCCGGCCGCCGUGGAGCCAGCGGUGUGGUGGCCUCGCAACGGAAGAAAGCAGCCUAAAACGGGAAAAGGCUACAACGGAUGGAAUGGGAAAUUGGAAGAUGAAAUGAGAGAAAUAGUGAAAGUGAUAAAGAGAAAAGACGAAGAAGAGUACUUGAAUUUGGGUGAAAAGGCGCUCAAAUUGAAUAAGGUCUUAGCGAUGAGCGGUCCUGUUUUGACGGGUAUGGCCGCCGUUGGUUCGGCGAUGCUUUCUCAGUCUCACGGUGGCUGGGCCUCCGCCGCCUUGGCUGUUGGCGGUGGGGCAUUGGCGGCGGUGGCGAACACGUUGGAGCACGGCGGACAAGUGGGAAUGGUGUUUGAGAUGUAUAGAAGCAAUGCUGGAUUCUUUAAAUUAAUGGAAGAAUCGAUUGAAUCAAACUUGAAGGAGGACGAUUUGGAGAGAAGAGAGAAUGGAGAAAUGGUGGAGAUGAAGGUUGCUUUGCAGUUGGGAAGGAGUUUAUCGGAGCUCAGAAAUCUAGCGGCGGAUUCUUCGGUCAAAGGGGAGGCCGUUGAUGAAUUUGCAAGCAAGCUUUUCUGAUCAUAUUUUUGUAAAAAUUAAU